AUGGGAUGCGGUUAAUUAAAGCAAGACUCCAAAUAACUAGAAGACAAAAAUUUUAAAUCCAAUAUACCUAUUUCGACUUAGGUUUCCAUGGGAUUGACUAUAAUUUAAAAAACUGAAGCAUUAGAUACAGACUAUAUUCUUCAUAAACUAGAUCCACUAGCAAGUAACCAUUAUCUUACAUAGUAACUAGCUCUACGAAAUUAUAUACGCAAGGGAAUAUCGAAAACAUAGAGUUAGGCACGAAUAAUCAGGACUUAUAAUUGUUCAAAUGCCAGCGUAGAAAGAAAAUAACAAUUAUAAGAGACCAUUAAUCUGUUAUUAUCAUUGGUAUAAAAUUUUUCUUCAAUUAGAAACAUCUCAAUAUUCAAAGCACUUCUGCCUAUUAUUACAGUGAUUGCAGAUUAAGUUUAAUUGGAGAAUUCAUCGACGGGGGCAACCUUUUAACUUAACUGGAUAAAUUUAGCUAAUUGCAGUAGUACCAAUAGAUUGACAUCUUUUGUUAGAUUAUGGCUGGAGUUUAAUACUUACAUGAUAAUGGAGUGAUGCAUGGGUAUAGUUCAAAAUGAAAUUAGUGAUAUUCGAUUAGAGCACAUACUAUUUACAAAUAGAAAUUUAGAAAAAAUUAAAUUAAUCGAUUUUGGGAUACCAAAUUCGAUCAAAUUAGAAUUCUCAUCAUGGAAACCAAAAAAUACGAUGUAAGAGUUAUCGUUUAAAUCUCCUGAAACUAUCAAAGGACAAUCAACUUUUAAAUCAGAUAUUUAUUCAUGUGGUUGCCUCUUAUAUUUCAUUAUAACUUCUCAUAUGCCAUUUUAAGCUAAUAAUUAUCAGUCGCUAAAAAGUUGCAUCCUUCGUGGUGUUCCUAAUUUUGAUAGUACUGAAUGUACUAACAUGAAUCCCUAAAUGAAGCAGUUAUUAAGCAAAAUGUUGGAUGCCAAUCCUCAGAGAAGACCAUCUGCCUAAGAGGUGAUUAAUCAUCCAGUUUUGAAUAAUAGAAAUAGAAUUAUGUACAAACCUAAUAAAUAAUUGUAAAAGCAUAUGAAAGAAUUCAAAGUAAUUAUACUUCUAAAUUAGAUAUCCUCUUAAAUAUAAGCAGCUAUGUUAAUGUAUAUUGCAGAGAACAUGAUGUCUGAAUAGGAUAAAAAGAGAUUAAUGGAUGAAUUCUAAAAAUUUGAUCUCAAUAAAGAUGGACAAUUGACCAAAGAUGAAUUGCUCAAAGUUUAUUCAGAAACAUUACCUCCUGAGAGGGCUUUAAAAGAAGUGAAUACAAUUUUUAAAAGAAUUGAUGUUAAUGGUAGUGGUAAGAUUGAUUAUUAAGGUAUAAUUAAAUUGAUUAAUUUAGAAUUCAUUAUCGCAACAAUCGAUUAGAAGAAGUAUUUUAAUAGAGAAAAACUCUUAUUGUUAUUUACGUAAAUUGAUAGGGAUCACAGUGGAGAAUUGAGUAGACAGGAAAUUAAAAAAUUAUUAAGAGAUAUGUAGAUACCAAAUAAUAAAUAUGAACAACUAGUUAAAUAAUUGGAUCAAGAUGGUGAUGGAGCAAUAACAUAAGAAGAGUUUCUCAAGAUGAUGUUAUAAAUUUGA